AUGGUAGAUGGAUCUGAGCAAAUAGGAGGACCAAAUAAAAUUGUUGAAGUGAAUGAAGAUAAAAUCAAAGUAGGUAAAAGAAAAUAUAAUAGGGACGACAACAGCAAGGAGACAUUGCUCCAAGUAAUUAAAAAUUGGGUACUACCAGGUACUACCAUUAUAUCGGAUUGUUGGAAAUCUUAUGACUGUCUGGCAGACGAAGGUUUCCAACAUGAAACUGUGAACCAUUCCAAAAACUUUGUUGAUCUAGACACUGGUGUUCAUACCCGUAAUACUGACAAGCUGUGGAGGGAUAUGAAGAGUAGCAUUCCACGAUUUAGUCGUCGGGAAAAUAAUUUCGACGGCUACUUGGCGGAAUGUCAAUUUCGUAUGAAAUACUCCAAUCAUACGGACAGGUUCCAUCACUUUUUCAAGAGUAUGGCACAUCUCCAACCCCCUGCAGAAUUAGAUUCUGGGGAGUCAUCAGAUGGUUCUGAUUAGUCUACUCUUAUUUUUGUUAUAAAAAUGUUUGAAUUUGUAAUUUUUAAUAUUUUGCUCCUAUAUAUUCAGUUUCAUUUGACACUA